AUGGCCUCGCUCAUGUAUAACAAUAUUAUCUCCGAAACCCUGAAAUUUCCUCUUUCCACCUCACUUUCCUUUUCUUUCUUCUCAUGGGGGUUUAAAAAAAAGAAGAGAAGAAAAUCACAGGACAUUGAGACUGAUCCCUUCAUGCCUUUCAUUUACAACAUCCCAUAUUCGCGCUUCUUUUGGCAACGACAGCUCUUGCGCUGUCGUCCUUUGUCUACUACAGCUCACAGCAGACCUUUUGACGUAUUAGUGAUCGGAGGUGGACACGCAGGUGCCGAGGCUUGUGCAGCAGCUGCAAGAUCAGGCGCAAUUACAGCUCUAAUAACACCACAACUUGAUAACAUUGGAAAAUGCUCCUGCAAUCCCAGCUUUGGUGGUAUUGGCAAGGGCACAAUCAUACGGGAAAUCGAUGCUCUUGAUGGUUUGGCAGGAAGAAUUAUCGACAAGGCUGGGGUGCAAUUCCAGAUCCUGAAUCGCAGGAAAGGGCCUGCCGUAUGGGGCCCUCGAGCUCAAAUCGACCGAGAACUCUAUCAACGAUAUAUGAGGGAGGAACUGGAAUCAUAUCCCAAUCUUUCGAUCGUGCUUGCGAGUGUAUCCGACAUUAUCCUGUCGGAAAAUGCAGAACUAUCGUCAAGUGUCAAAGUGCCAUACAUUACCGGCAUUCGUCUGGAUACUGGCCAGGUGUUACCGGCGAAGAAAGUCAUCAUCACCACAGGCACGUUUCUGGGAGGCGAGAUACAUAUCGGUCUCCAAAGUUAUCCAGCCGGCCGCAUGGGGGAGUCGGCAACUUCAGGGUUAAGCAAAUCACUGAGACGCGCUGGUUUCACGCUCGGAAGGUUGAAAACCGGCACACCGCCACGUCUCAACCGAGCUACGAUAAACUACAAGGAUCUGGACAGCCAGACUGGGGACAAUCCCCCCACUCCGUUCUCAUUUCUCAAUGAUACCGUAUCUGUGAAAGAACAGCUAAGCUGCAGUAUUACACACACAAAUCAGGCGACUCACCAAGUCGUUCAUGGGAAUCUUGACAAGACGAUCCAUAUUCGGGAGACAAUUAAAGGACCCCGCUACUGUCCGUCUCUGGAGUCAAAAGUCAUUCGCUUUCCAGAAAAGGAAAGACACAUCGUGUGGCUUGAGCCUGAAGGCUUCGGUAGUUCGGUCGUGUAUCCCAAUGGGUUGUCAAUGACGAUACCACCCGAGGCUCAAGAGCAGGCACUACGAACCAUAAAAGGACUGGAAAAAGUGGAAAUGUUGCAGCCAGGAUAUGGAGUUGAAUAUGAUUACAUUGAUCCUCGCGGACUCAAAACCACAUUGGAGACGAGAGCUAUAAGUGGUCUUUAUCUUGCCGGACAGAUCAAUGGAACUACAGGGUACGAAGAAGCCGCUGGCCAAGGUGUCAUCGCCGGCAUAAACGCCGGAAGGGCCGCCCAAGGCUUGCCCGAGGCGUCGAUAUCCAGAUCCGAUGGCUACAUUGGCAUUAUGAUAGAUGAUUUGACCAUAAAGGGCGUGACAGAACCCUACAGAAUGUUUACGUCUAGGAGUGAGUUCCGUUUAGCUGCAAGAGCUGACAAUGCUGACCUUCGCCUCACGGAGAAGGGCCGUGCGUGGGGUGUUGUGUCUGAAAAGCGAUGGAACGCCUUCUUGGACGAAUAUCAACAAAUCAAGGACCUAACUGCAAUCCUGAAUACAACUUCCCUGACGCCAGCCCAUUGGACGCAAUAUGGAUAUGAUCUGAAAAGCAACUCACGACGCCGGACGGCUAUCGAUAUUUUACGUUUGUCAAACACUGGAUCUUGCAUCGAUCACCAACGGCUGUGGGACGUGAUUCCAAAUAUUGAGAAAUUUCCGUCUCGAGUUCGGAAUCGAGUUGUCAUAGAAGCCGUGUACGCUCCGUACGUCAAGAUGCAGGCCGCAGAACGAGAGCAGUUUGCACGCGACGAGAGCAUCCACUUACCUGCCGACAUUAACUAUGAUACUAUUCCUGGAUUAGCUUUAUCCGAAAGAGAGGUUUUGACUCUUGCUCGACCAGCAACUCUUGCUCAAGCUCGUCGUAUAGAGGGCAUGACUCCAGCCGGUGCUCUCAGACUCCUCGCACAUAUUCGCAGGCCGCGAAUGUCCCAAACGUCGUUCGUAUAA